UUCAAAAGGCAUUUUCAUUCCACAGAUUCAUCAAUACCACCAGAGAUUCUUGCCCGAGGACCUAGGGCUCAGCAUGCUUACGAAAGAGCUUUGCAGAUCGGGAAAGUCAAAGUAUACCGCGGUCGCAUCAUGAUCCUUGGUCAAGACCGUGCGGGAAAGACAAGCCUGAAGAAAUCCCUGCUUGGUUUGCCGUUUAACCCUCAAGAAAACAGCACGAUAGGAGUGGAAGUUGAUCCUUCCAGAUGUGAACUGGAAGUUGCUCAAAUAAAGAACUGGGAACCUACAGAACGGAAGAAGCUUGAUGUCUCUGAUUUCGCUGAAGACAUGGCAAAGUUGGUCGCCAGAGAUUUGAACCAAACAGUUGAUCAACAAAAUGUCUCUGAUUUUGCUGAAGACAUGGCAAAGUUAGUCGCCAGAGAUUUGAACGACAUAGUUGAUCAAGAAAAUGUUUCGACUGCGGGUUCACCUUCACAAAAGGAGGUAGUGUUCUUUUCAUGCGAAUCAUCUAAAAUACGCUUAAAAAUUCCAUUACGAGGUUUACUGCCUAGUCGAAAGAAGUAGCAUUAAAUAAAGAGUGAUUUUGCUUUAAUGUAUCGUUGUUAAGCAGUAAAAAAAUAAUAAUAACUUUCGUCAAUUGCUUGUAACUAAGGCCACGUCCACUCGUAUCCGGGUAUUUUUGAAUCCGCACCUUUUUCUUUCCGGAUACGGCCUCGGUCCACACGUAUCAGAUGCAUCCGGCAUACUAAUCCGCUCUCCAGAGUGGAAAUUUUUGAGUACGGUAUGAAUCCGGAAUCGUGUGUUCGCUAAAUCCGGAUAUAUAAAAAUUUUUUCAUCCGGUGACGUAACAAGAUCGAGCCAGGUCGUUACCUUGAAUACUGUAUUCAAGAUGGCAAGCUUGUUCCCAGGGCCUCUCAAUGUAAGGUAAGAUGCAAAGUUCGGGCGCUUUACGACGGAUGCUCUGUUGCAAAUUUUCCCAGGGGAGUCUUGGGUACUAGAAUGAAUCCGGAUACGUGUGGACGGGUAAAUCCGAUUUGAAUGCGGAUACGUGUGGACAUGGAAAUUUUUGAAUCCAGAAAGAAAAAGUUGCGGAUUCAAAUUCGCAAACCAAUUAUUUUUGCGAAAACUGAAAAAAAGAAAAAAGGGACAGUAGAGCCAAAUCCGAGUCGGUGUUCUACUGACAUCUUUAAAGAAAUUAAGUUUGCAAUGUUCAGAAGAUCAUCUUUGUAGUCAGCUACAAAUUAGAUGGUAGACUAUUUAUGAGCAUGUCUGCUACAACGUACUCCAGGACUUUUCGUCAUAUAUAUGAGUAGAACAAUCUUUAACUACCGCGGUUUACAUUUAUUGUAGUUACUUCAUAACAACCUGCCUAAUGCUGCUGCUGCUGCUGCUACUACUACUGCUACUGAGUCAACGCCAGAUACCAUCAUGGUUAAGGAGAUGGAAGAGGAAUCUUCUGACGAUAGUGAUCUAGAAAGUAGUUAUCAAGCUGAGCUCAAUAUCGGCAGCACCUCAGUCGUACCAAAUGACGUUACCGAAUUGGUUGUCCGGUACCUUAAGAAUCUGAGAUUAGAAGAAGACAUCAAAGCGAAGGAAGUGGUUUUAACGCUCUGGGAUUUUGCAGGUCAACACCUUUACUAUGCAUCCCAUUCUGUGUUUCUUUCCCGGCGUGCAAUUUACCUCUUAGUGUACAACCUCCACAAGAGCAUAUGCGCCAAAGCAGAACCUCGUGUCAGGCAAGGUACUCAUGAUGUUGUUCUGGACAACCCAAACAAUGAGACCAAUCUAGAUCAUCUUUUGUCUUGGUUGGUAUCUGUGCACGCCAUUGUGCCCCAAGCGGAUCAAAUCGGCAAAGACCUCGAUAGCCAAGCGACGAGUGUACCUUAUCUACGUCCUCCUGUGAUCAUUGUGGGUACCAAUGCCGAUCAACCGUUUGAAGAUCCCAGGGCAACGGAAAAGUGCAUCCAGAGGAGUGUCUCGGGCAAAACAUACGAAAAGCAUGUGAUCAGGCCAUUCUUUGCUGUUGAUAACACCAAGUCGAACAAAGACUUACGAGUUCAAGAACUGCGGCGGAAAAUCAUGGAAGUUUUGAAUCAAGAGCCGUACAUGGGAGAGGAGGUACCGCUGAGGUAAAAUGCUGCCUUAUUUCUUUAAAUGUUAUACCAAACUGUUUUCCAAGGCCCGUUUACACCGCAAAGUCAAAGCCAUUAAAUUCUUCCUUAUUCUGAGCUGCCAACAGCAAUGCGUUAAUUUUAAUAAAUUCUUGGAGUUCGAUGUAGGAGCUUUCUCAAAUUUAGAAAAUUUGAUUUAAUUUCAUUAACUGUCUUUAGGCACUUUACUAGAAAUACCAGUUUCUUCUCCUAGUCAUGUUUCUUGGAGGUAGGGGGUGCAAAAUGUGUAAGAAGAUGACGUGUAAACGUUUGCAUGGUGCAUUCCUUAGGUGGUUUAACUUCGAAAAAGUUGUAGAAGCAUUAGUGGCCAAGGGAACCUACUACAUGGAUCUAAAUCAGCUCCUGACUGUCACAAGACAGGUUUGCCGCAUCUAUGACGGGGAUGAGUUGACAGCCAUGCUGAAUUUCUAUCACGACCUUGGCGUGAUUGUUAAACUCGGCCAGACUGUGGUAUUGCAGGCGCAGUGGUUGAUUGAUCUUUUCAAACAACUGAUAACUGUGCGGCCUUUUGAUGAAGUUGUAAGUUUUGUCUUUUGAUAACGACAUUACAAUACAAACUUUAAAGUGAUUCUUUGAUGUUUUUGUUACCCUGACAUAACAUAACGUAACGUAGACUUUAUUUAUACUCGAACUUUACAGUUGCCAACAAGCUCAUAUCUUCGAGCUCACACGACAUAAAAAAAAGAAAAAUAUUUUUAGUACAUUAUGAAUAAUAAUAAUAAUAACAAUAAUAAUAGAAAAAUAUUAUUUACAAUUUUAAGUAUAAGUAUGUACAAGCAAAAGCAUCUAUAUAAGGGUAACACCCUGCAUUUUAGUCUUAGAGUCUUCAAAAAGCUAGUACGAAAAAAGUCUGGCAGUACAUUCCACUGCUGAAAAGUAAGAAAAGGAGUUAAGACCAUAGUUAGUUGUAUUAGGUUUACUGAAUGAAAGAAUGUAGUUGCCGCGAAGAUCACAGGAAGAGGACCGGAGUGAAAACAUAUUAUUCGUAUAAGCAGGAAAAGGAAUGAAAAACCACAGGCGUCCAAAGCUCACGUCACGAGUGUGUGAUGUAAAUUAACUUUUUCACAAGAGAGUCGGUGUCGCGUUACAACCAAUCGUUGAGACUUUGUAUGAGAAUUAAAACACUGAGCUCUGCGAACGCUAAAUAUCAUUAUUCUAAAUAAAGGAGGCUCACCUUCGAUGUAUUCCUGUGUUUUUUGGUGUGAAUUCGUCGAUUUAGUCGGGUUUGUUUGGCUGUUAUUGCUUGAACCCUGUCACUCUCUUCAUAGUACGAUGUAAAGGCAGCACAGAAAAACACCUGGCAGCCCGGACCUUGUCUAUUCGAAGGCGGUUUGCGGCCCGAAAACCUAUCGAAUCGCAGAUUGUUUCGACCAGAAGCAAACUUCUAUCAUCGUGCCACCGCAGCAAACCUUUAAAAGCGAAAUAUCCCCACGCUUGUUGGUGGAAAUGAACAUUUUCUCGACCUUCGUUCUCCAAGCACUGUGAUACGGCAACUGGGUACGGCGUUGGUCCGUGGUCAAAUUUCACUCGACCGAGGGUGGCUCAGUCAAAUUAACUAAAAUUUAUUUCAAGAUUUUUAGUUCGUUUACACGUGAGAAUGAUCAUUCUUUAGGUUUAUGAUUUUAACGGGUAAAACUGUUAUUGAUAUCCAAACUACAACAACAACAGGAAACGUUUGUUGCGGGUUUUCUUUUUUGACUGAGCCACCCUCGGUCGAUGGAAAUUUGACCUCCGACCAACGCCGUGUCCAGUUGCCGUAUCACAGCGUCUGCAGAAAGAAGGUAUUUUGGACAUGGCUCGAGGAAAUGUUCAUUUCCAGCAAUAUGCGUGGGGAUAUUUCCCUUUUAAACGUUUACUGCGGUGCAGAGAUGACAGACUCAACGGUUGCUUGUAACGCGACACCGACUUUCUUGUGAGAAAGUUAAUUUACAUAACACACUCCACUCCUAACAUGAGCUUGGGACGCCUGUGGAAAAACAAACUAUUAUGUAACAAUAUGAGGAGAUUCUGAACGCGCUUGUUACGCAACGAAGUAGAGUUGACUUUUGAAAGAAGAACGGUGAAAUAUAGCUCCACCCAGUCGUAUAUUUGUAUUCGCCCCUUGAGAAACAAGAAUGGAACUUGAGCCGAAAUGCCUCCCGCAGUUGUUUGGGGGAUCGUUAGUGGGGACUCGCCGGUCAGCUAUUGGCCAUUUUUCGCUGUCCCCAGUAACAUUUCCAGACGUCUUUGCGAAAGUUCGUUCGAUCCAGUCUCCCUCUAGUUUCAUAAGUGACAAAUUUAGACGGUACGCAUUAUAUCCCAUCAGCCUAAACCCCCUUAGACACCUUAUGAAGUUUGCACAACCUAGUAUUCCUUAUCGCUUCGGUAUUGUGAUUAAGGUUAAGCAACAAUACUGAUUAGGGUGAAGUACUGAAAAUAGUAAUUAUGGUUAAGCACUUACUCCAAACGGUUAGCUUCUCGUUAGGGUCAGGGUUGUUGCUAUAUAGCUUCAAAUCAAAUCAAUGCUUGCCAGCAAAUCCUCAGUGGCGUAGUGGUAUAGGUGAUGGACUGGAGACACUAAGCUCCGGGUUCGAUUCUUACUCUUCUGUAUUUUUUUCCCUUAAAAUUGAAGAGACUUACACUUUCAUGAUUAUUUCCUGAGCAGAAAUGUCAAGAAACUUAGAAAUUUUAUCUAAGUGUAGUGUAGAAGCAAUAAAACAUACUACGUUGUGUAAGUUUCAUAAGGUGUCCAAGAGGUUUAGGCCGAUGGGAUCAAUUUAGACCUUACAGAUGCUAUUGUUUAUCAUUCCAUUUACGAAUGUGAAACAUAGUCAAAGAAUACACAAGAAGUUUUUGUUGUAUUGUUAUUUAGAAUGCCGUAUCUUUUGCGAAAUCUUCGCAAACCUCCAGCGACUAAAAAAAAAGGAUUGUCGUUUCCUAUUAAUGACAACAUUGUUAGCUUUUGCCCUUUCUUGUCUGAACAUAGCAAGGCUAAAUUUUUUUGUUUCCUUGCCUGUUUGUUUUGUUGUUGUUUUUUAUUUUAGACGAGUUGUAUAAAUUAAACUUCUUUUUUCUUUGUAUUUAGGAUCCUCUGUUUUCAGAGUGCUGGCUUGAGCUUGAGCAAAGCGGCAUUCUAAGGAUGGCUUUGGUUGAUCACAUUUUUGCAGAAUUCAUCCAGAAAGGCCUGAGUAAGCAGGAUAUUUUGGACAUGAUGGAGGUCUAUGGAUUGAUCACCAAAUUCUCUUGUUCAUCUGCAGAAAGCGGACAGGAGCAAACUGAGUUCUGCGUUCCCUCUCAGCUAAGAUCAUCUCCGUCAGGUCUCUGCGAAUUGAAGCCUUCUGAAAGCGAUCCAUGUCCGUUGUACCUGCACUUUCAUGACGGCUUUGUUCCUAACGGUUUCUUCCCUCAGCUUUUGUCAAAAUGCAUUCACUGGUGUUCAAAACAGAGGUUAAAAGGACCACCCCAGUUAUUCCAAAAUGGCGCAAGGCUUCUCAUCGGAAUACAUGACAUUUUUGAGCUUAUUCUUCUCUGCAGAAAGAGAUUCAUCAAGGUCUUGUUAAAGAAAAAAACUACUUCCAAUUCUUUGGCCGGAACAUGUGCUACUCGAUUGAUGGCUAAUAAGGUUCGAGACUCUCUAGAAGAAACUUUGCAAAGUUUGUCUCGUGAACUAUCCUGGUUAUGCAACCUUCGCUAUGAACUAUGUGUUUUAUGCACCUCUUGCUUGCAAAGCAGUGAGCAGUGUAGAAAGCAUGGCUUAGUAUCCUGUGAUCACGACGAUUGUCAACAUCUUCUGCAGGUACUACCAGGGGAGGAGCUGUUUUGUUUGAGGAGUUUCUGUGAUAACACAGUGAACGUUCAUGGAUUGGAGAAAUGGUUUCAUCUCACUGAGGUAAAGGACUAG